CAACCCGCCGCUCCGUCCUCUCUACCGGGGCUCUGGACUACACCGGACACCGAGCAAGGACUGGAUAUUUACUCGUCUCGGGACCGAGGAAGGGAGCAGACGCUCGCUGGACUAACCCGAGCAGCGCAUCACCAUCUCCGGUGUAGGACUGGCUGUCGAGUCGCAUGGAGAAGAGGUAUGAAGAGCUGGUGCACUACUCGGGGUCGGAGGGCAUGGUGUUGGGGGGGUACGGGGACGACGUCAGGCCGCUUCCACCCCCGCACUACGGACCCACCAUCCCCGACUCCCUCAAACACCACAAAGACCAGAUCUACGGUCACCCACUGUUUCCACUGCUGGCCUUAGUGUUUGAAAAGUGUGAGCUCGCCACCUGCUCCCCUCGAGACCCCGCCUCCCUCUCGGCCACCUCCCACCUCCCCGGCAUGACCAACCACAGCGACGUCUGCUCCUCCGAAUCCUUCAACGACGACAUCGCCGCGUUCGCCAAGCAGAUACGAUCCGAGAAGCCCAUAUUUUCGUCCAAUCCCGAGCUCGACAACUUGAUGAUCCAGGCCAUACAGGUUCUUCGCUUUCAUUUACUGGAGCUGGAGAAGGUGCACGACCUGUGCGAUAACUUCUGCCAUCGCUACAUCACCUGUCUGAAGGGCAAAAUGCCCACGGACCUCAUCAUGGACGACCGGGAGGGCGGCUCCAAGUCCGACAUGGAGGACUUCACCGGAUCCUGCACCAGUCUGUCGGAGCAGAAUGCAUCGUGGUUACGGGAGCCGGACGAAUGCGCCACGACCCCCCUGGGAACGCCGGGCACCUGCGGCCUGCCUUCGCACAGCACAGCGGACAACUGUAGCGACCCAGGCGACGGUCUGGACGGAGAAGGGGCCUCCCCGAGCACGGGGGACGACGACGACUCGGACCGAGACCGGAGGAACAACAAGAAGAGGGGCAUCUUCCCCAAAGUGGCCACGAACAUCAUGCGAGCGUGGCUCUUCCAGCACCUGUCGCACCCGUACCCGUCCGAGGAGCAGAAGAAGCAGCUGUCCCUGGACACGGGACUGACCAUCUUACAGGUCAACAACUGGUUCAUCAACGCCAGGAGGAGAAUAGUUCAGCCGAUGAUUGACCAGUCGAAUCGCUCAGGUCAGGGUGGUCCUUACAGCCCAGAGGGAGCAGCUCUCGGGGGCUACGGCCUCGACGGACAGGCCCACCUGGGGCUCCGAGCAGGUCUCCAGGGGAUGUCUUCCCUUCAGGGCGACUACCCCGGCGCUCUGCUGUCCCAACCGGGCUACCCUCCCCACCCGGGUCCCUCCCUCCACCCCUACCCGGGCCCACACCCCCACCCCGCCAUGCUGCUCCACCCACCGCCACAUGCACACCCCGCAGAGCCGCUCCUCGCCCAGGGACUGGACAUACACGCACACUAG